ACGGUUGCGUGGUGUGUCUAUAGCACUUAGAGGGUUGUUUUUUGGUUUUUUUUUUCUCUGCAAACGGGAGUGUUAAAGAGUUUUGGGAGUUGAGAUAACUAGGGUUCUUGGGGAUUUUUAAAGGAGGAAGAAAACCCCAAAACAAUCCCACAAGCAGGGCGAGUUAUUUGAGGGAAGUAAGAGGGUGAAAGCACUGUAGCCACACAAAUCAUACUUGACGGUGCACUUGGGGGGGCUUUAAAGCGUAGUGCCUUUUUUGGGUUUUAAAUAACACGGGGGGGGGGGGGGGGGAUAAAAGUGACACCAUUACAGCCAAGUCUGCAUUGCUUCCCGCCCCCCCGGGCCCCGAGAGCACUGCGCUCGUUAGCAGGAGCCAUGGGGCACCGACAGACCGGGAGGCACCUCGCAUGUCACACCGAGAUACCAGAAACGCGAGGCUGGAGCUGGGGGGUGGGGGUGGGAUCGUCCCUCGGCGACUACCCGCUUCCAUCGCUGUCUCGGUUCUGCCGGCCCUGAGGCGCAGGGAAGGGAAAGCCCUGAGGUAAACGGGCCCCCCCACCCGGGGAGGUGGCGGGGGUCUCGGCGAGGCGUUCCUGGGGGGCACCCCGGGACUCCAGCAGAGGCGGCGGCGCGGGGCCGGGGCAGGGCGCGGCCCGCCCCGCCGGGUGUGUGAGGGGCGGCCCCGGCCGCGCGCGGCGGCGGCCAAUGGAGCCCGGCGGCGUCACGUGACGCGGGCGGCGGGACCCGCUGCGCCUCCCCCGCCCGCCACCGGCAAUUCAUUACGGCUUUUAGCUUCCCAUCGCCGGCUAAUUAAAAAUACUAAGCUAAAGCUCCGAGACCGUCUGACUUGGGGAAGGGGGAGGGAGGCAUAGGGAAGGGGGAGCGGGUGAUAACGGUAGACUGCGAGGUUUGCUGAGACAAUAAGGUGGGAGCGAUCUGUCCUGACAAAAAGGUCGUCUGCUUUAUCUCCUCGGACUCUAAUUACUGAAUUACUUACCGCAUGACUGACUAGCCCAAGCUCACGGGUUUUUCGUUGUUAUUAUUUUUUUCCCCCCGAGACAGCCAUUCGAAACUGAUACGUUCCUAUGCUGGUGGUUUUUUUUUUUUGGUUUUUUUUUGUUUUUUUUUUUUUUUUUUUUUUUUUUUGUGUGUGUGUGUUUUUUGGUUUUUUUUUUUUCCUAAUUCCUAUUUUUAAAAAGGGCUGAUCUAAGGCUGGUGGGGGAGGGACGGACAGACGAACGGACGGGGACAGGCACCCCCCUCCUCGAAAUCUUACCCCUGGGAAAAUUUAGUUCGUUUGAGAGCACGCAGUCCUUCCUCCACUCCCACAAAAUGUUUUGAUAACCGGUUUAUCAGAUCAGUGAUUCCCCCCUCCCGCUCCUCCUCCUCUUCCUCGCCCCCCCUUCCCCCUCCCCCCCCGCCUCCCCCGCCCGUUUCCCCUCAAGUUACUUCAAGAAAUCAGAUCUGUCAGGACGGGCGAAAAAAAUGCCACUUCCCAGCUAACAGGCGGAAUCCAGCCCAGAUUUUCAGUCCUUUCUUCUUUUUUUUCCUUCCUCCCUUUCACUAAUUUAUCCCGAUGUUAGCACAUUCUGUCUUGUAACACCCGGGCGCCUGUAGGUUUGUUUCGUGGGAUCAUUACUUACUGAUCGGGAUGGCUCCCAGGUCCGGGGCUGAAGACGGAGUGUGAAGUUGGGGAAACAUUUUUUUUUUUCUUUCUCUCUUUUUUUGGUUCUUUUUUUCUUUUUUUUUUUUUUUUUUUUUUCUUUUUAAUAUUACUGUGGUGAUUAUUACCUCUCGGUGCUUAUUCAGGAAAAGCAAACAAACAAAAAUCUGGUCCUUGAUGUUUCACUUCUGAAUGUGAAAUAUUACCUCCCAGCUCGUAAAGUUGUGAGGCACAGCAUUUUUUGUUUAUUUUUUUGCUUCUUUUUUUUUAAGCAAGGACGAAAAAAACCUAGACAAACAAACAAAAAAAAGGACUUCUGAUCCGUGUGCCAAAGUAGGGGGAGAUAUGUUAUUGACCGAUUUACACUGGCUGAGAUGAUACUUGCUUUCUACUUCUUGAUCACUUGUUCUUUAAGUAAAAUGAGGCACAGAGUUGUUGCUGAGACGAGUGGGAACAGCAUUUUGAUUUACUGGUUUAAUUAAAAAUGAUAAAGGAUUAAAGGACAACGUGGAUGUGGACUGCAGGUUGUGAGCCUAGACACACCUAGGGGAGGAAGACAAGAAGAGUUGAACUUAAGAGAGAGCCCAACGGAGAUAAACGAAUGUCCCCACAUCUCCAAAGAAAAGUUCAUCGGAUUUUUACUCAAGAGAUCUUAUCUUCAGGAUGUCAUUGAACACUUCCACUGCAGGAAAAGGUGUGGAUCCAAACGCAGUUGACACUUAUGACAGUGGCGAUGAUUGGGAAAUCGGUGUUGGGAAUUUAAUAAUCGAUUUGGACGCCGACUUAGAGAAAGACAGACAGAAAUUUGAGAUGAAUAAUUCUAAUACCACCAGCAGCAGCAACACCAGCUCCAAGGAUUGCGGGGGUCUGGCUUCCAGUGGGGUUAAUGCUACCUCAGCCUUAGCUGAUGGCCUAAAAUUCGCUUCUGUUCAGCCCUCUGCUCCCCAGGGGAAUUCCUCUCACAAAGAGACUAGCAAAUCAAAAGUGAAAAGGAGUAAAACUUCUAAGGAUGCUAAUAAAUCUCUGCCUUCUGCUGCCUUGUAUGGGAUUCCUGAGAUCAGCAGUGCUGGCAAAAGGCAGGAAGUCCAAGGGCGCCCUGGAGAGGCAACUGGCAUGAAUUCAGCACUGGGUCAAAGUGUGAGCAGUAACCCAAACGGCAAUAAUAACAACACCAGCAACACCACCACCGUUGCCUCUUGUGGGAAAAACAAAGAGGAGAAACCAGGUAAAGCCCCAGGCAGCAGGGGCUCCAAGCGGGAUAAGGAUGCAGGAAAAUCCAGGAAGGACAAGCAGCAUGACCUGCAGCAGGGCCACCCCAAUGGCAGUGGGGGUGGCAACAGCCAAAUUCCCUCUGGGCACCUCUAUGGCUUCGGGGCCAAGGGAGGCAGUGGUGGAAGCAGCAGCCCCUUCCACUGCACCUCCUCUGCUGUGGGGGAGGUGAGCAAAAGUACCCCGGAUUCAGGGUUAAUGGGGAACUCUGUUUUGGUAAAGAAGGAAGAGGAGGAGGAGGAGAGCCACAGGCGAAUCAAGAAAUUGAAAACAGAAAAGGUUGAUCCCCUGUUUACAGUGCCUGCACCUCCACCUCCGAUUUCCAGCAGUAUCACACCUCAGAUUCUGCCUUCCUACUUUUCCCCAUCUUCAUCCAAUAUUGCAGCACCAGUCGAGCAGCUUUUGGUACGGACACGUUCAGUGGGUGUAAAUACUUGUGAGGUUGGAGUAGUAACAGAACCCGAAUGCCUUGGACCCUGUGAGCCUGGGACCAGCGUGAACUUGGAAGGAAUUGUGUGGCAUGAAACUGAAGAAGGUGUCCUGGUGGUAAACGUUACAUGGAGGAACAAGACUUACGUGGGAACACUGUUGGACUGCACAAAGCAUGACUGGGCCCCUCCUAGAUUUUGUGAAUCGCCAACAAGUGACCUGGAAAUGCGUGGAGGACGGGGCAGGGGAAAGCGGGCAAGAUCCGCUGCAGCUGCGGCUGUACCUGGGAAUGAUGCGAGUUUUGCAGAGUCCAGAGGACUUCAGAAUAAAAAUCGAGGCGGUGCCAAUGGGAAGGGGAGGAGGGGCAGCCUUAACUCAAGUGGGCGCAGAACACCCCCAAACUGUGCCAUGGAUGAAGUCAAAGCCAGCCCCUCGUCCACAAACAAGAGGAAAACUAAGCCUCCUAUGGAGCUGGAUUUGAACUCCAGUUCAGAGGACACUAAGUCUGGAAAACGCAUUCGCACUAACUCCAGAAGCACUCCCACCACCCCACAGGGGAAACCUGAGACUACUUUUUUGGACCAAGGCUGCUCUUCCCCAGUGCUGAUUGACUGUCCUCACCCCAACUGCAACAAGAAGUACAAGCACAUUAAUGGAUUACGUUAUCAUCAGGCUCAUGCACACUUAGACCCAGAAAACAAACUGGAGUUUGAGCCUGACAGCGAAGACAAAAUUUCAGACUGUGAGGAAGCACUGAGUAAUGUGGCACUUGAAUGCAGUGAGCAAAGCACAAAUUUGCCAGGCUUUGAUCCACUCAAAGCACCGACAUCUCCUUCCUCCAUUGCUACCCCAGGGACCCCCAAGGGAAAGAGGGAACUGACCAGCAAUGGCCCUGGUUCAGUUAUCAGUUCCAAAACUGGCAAGAAUUCUGGCAAAAAGAAGGGUUUGAACAGUGAAUUGAACAGCCUUCCAGUAAUUUCUAACAUGGCAGCCACACUGGAUAAUUGCUCAGUAGCAGAUGGCAAUUUGCAAACCGAAAUGCCGAAAUUGGAGGCUGAAGGGUUAAUUGACAAGAAGAGUUUAGGUGAUAAAGGCAAGAAAUCAAACAAUUGCAAAAUGGAUAAAAACCUUUCCAAGCUGAAAACAGCCAGGCCCAUUGCCCCAGCACCAGCACCAACUCCUCCCCAGUUAAUAGCUAUACCUACUACAGCCUUUUCAACCACCACUACAGGGACAAUACCAGGACUGCCCUCUCUAACAACUACUAUUGUUCAGGCUACACCAAAGAGCCCUCCACUGAAACCCAUUCAACCAAAGCCCACAAUUAUGGGAGAGCCAAGCACUGUAAAUCCAGCUCUCACAUCACUCAAAGACAAAAAGAAAAAGGAGAAGCGAAAGCUGAAGGACAAAGAAAGCAAAGAGAUGGGCAGCCCCAAGAUGGAUUCUAAGCUAGGGAAGCUGGAGGAUUCAAAAGGGUCUGGAAAAGACUUAUCUGGACAUUUUUUAAAGGACCAUCUCAACAAGAAUGAAGUGCUAUCUAAUGGACUGUCAGAGUCUCAAGAGAGCAGGAUGGCAAGUAUUAAGGCUGAAGCUGAUAAAGUUUACACAUUCACAGACAAUGCGCCCAGCCCUUCCAUAGGGAGUGCCUCCAGGAUGGAAUGCAGCACUUUGGUGAAUGGACAAUCUGCCAUGGCUCCACUGCAUGUGUUGACACAGAAUGGCGCAGAUAGCACGGCCGCUAAAACCAACAGCCCUGCUUACUCAGAUAUUUCUGAUGCAGCUGAUGAUGGUGGCUCUGACAGCAGGUCAGAGGGCAUAAGGUCAAAGGCCAGCUCUCCAUCAGAUAUUAUUUCUAAUAAAGAUGGUGUUGUAAAAGGACAUUCUUCAACCACAGCACAAUCAGCUCAAGCGAAAGAGUCUCAUUCUCCCUUUUACCAUGGCUACGAUCCUUACUAUUCCCCAAGUUACUUGCACUCUGGACAGGUCAGUGCCCCAGCAGCUGGGAACAGCGGUACCCCACAGGGGCUGAAGAUUAAAAAAGAGGCUGAGGAAGAGGCUGAAAAGAAAGAGAAGGCAGAAUCGUCAGAUGCUAAGAAAAGCGAAAGCACUUCUUCUAAUUUGCAGCCGCAACAUCAGUCAGUAAUAACUCAAAGACACCCUGCACUUGCUCAGUCACUUUAUUAUGGACAGUAUGCCUAUGGGCUCUAUAUGGACCAAAAGUCCUUAAUGGCCUCCAACCCUGCUUACAGGCAGCAGUAUGAAAAAUACUAUGAGGACCAGAGACUAGCAGAACAGAAAAUGGCACAAAGUGGGAGGGACUGUGAAAGGAAAAAUGACCCCCCCUUGAAAGAAAUUGGGAAGGAUGACAACAAGCAGAAGAAUAUUCCAUCUGCCACUAUUUCAAAGGCCCCUUCAACUCCGGAGUCCAGCAAAAAUAACACUAAAAUAGGGUCAUCAGUUCCUAACAAAGGUGAGGAGACAAGCAAAUCACAGAUCCUUUCCAAUCACCAGCAGCAGCUUCAGUCUGACACUUUCAAAGCCAAACAAAUGGAAAACCACCAGCUUAUAAAGGAGGCUGUGGAGAUGAAAUCUGUUAUGGACUCAAUGAAGCAAACAGGAGUAGAUCCAACCACAAGAUUUAAACAGGAUCCAGAUUCACGAACAUGGCAUCAUUAUGUCUAUCAGCCCAAAUACCUUGAUCAGCAAAAAUCAGAAGAACUUGAUCGUGAGAAAAAGUUAAAAGAAGACAGCCCUAGAAAAACACCUAACAAGGAAAGUUCCCUGCCUAACCUUCCUGUCUCAUUAGCAAGCAUUAAAGAGGAGCCCAAAGAGGUCAAACGUUCUGAUUCGCAAUCAGUGGAUGAGAGCAAGAUAAAAAACGAUGAUCAAAAGACUUCUGUAAAUUGGAAGGACUCUCGGGGUGCUAGAGUAGCAGUUUCCUCACCAAUGAGUCAGCAUCAGUCAUACAUCCAGUACUUGCAUGCUUACCCGUAUCCGCAGAUGUACGAUCCUAACCAUCCAGCCUAUCGCGCAGUCUCUCCUGUCCUAAUGCACAGCUAUCCUGGGGCCUAUCUCUCUCCAGGAUUUCAUUAUCCAGUUUAUGGGAAGAUGUCAGGAAGAGAAGAGGCAGAGAAGGUCAAUACCAGCCCGAGCAUCAAUGCAAAAUCAACCACUGAGUCCAAAGCACUGGAUUUGCUCCAGCAGCAUGCCAACCAGUAUCGCAGCAAGUCACCUGUUCCUGUGGAAAAAUCACCAGCUGAGCGUGAGCGGGAAGCAGAAAGGGAGCGAGACCGCCAUUCUCCUUUCAGCCAGCGGCAUCUCCAUACCCACCACCAUACACACGUUGGAAUGGGCUAUCCUCUUAUACCUGGACAGUAUGACCCAUUUCAAGGAUUGACCUCUGCUGCCCUUGUUGCCACUCAGCAGGUGGCUGCACAGGCAUCUGCAUCUGGUAUGUUUCCUGCACAAAGAAGAGAAUGAUGAAUUUGGGGAUGAACAUUGUCAUGUGACUGGAUCACAUGAGGAAGCGCUUUAUUACAGACAUCAGUUCCAUGGUGUUAAUUUGAAAUGCCUUAAUGGCAGGCAAAAACCAGUCAUUUCAUUUUUGUAAAUUGCAGAUUUUAUCACAGAGUAACAAAUGUUGCUGUAAUUAGACUUCUGUUUUUAUAUAUAUAUAUAUAUGCGUAUAUAUAUAUAUACAUAUAUAUAUAAAAAUAUAUAUAUAUUCUUUACUUUUUUGUAUCAGUACCAAGGCUCGCACACAGGGUCUGCUGCUAAGUUGCGAACCACACACUAAAUGGAGAUAUGUAUUUGUCAUGUUUAGAAGGCGUUAACCGCAAAAGGCUGUUUGUUUCUUUUCUCCUCUUCUUCUUCUUCUUCUUCUUCUUCUUCUUCUUCUUCUUCUUCUUCUUCUUCUUCUUCUUCUUCUUCUUCUUCUUCUUCUUCUUCUUCUUCUUCUUCUUCUUCUUCUUCUUCUUCUUCUUCUUCUUCUUCUUCUUCUUCUUCUUCUUCUUCUUCUUCCUUUUCUUUUUCUUCUCUCUUUUUUUCCUUUCCAAUUGUAAAUAAAUAAUGUUAUGUAUCAGUGUGCCUGAACCUUGCAUACCCUUCUGGUAUUUCCCACAAGCUCUCAGAGAGGCUAACUGUGAUGACACUUUGGUACAAUGUAGAUGUCUAUUUGGUGGUUCCUAUUAAGAUGCAUCAGUGUAAAAUGUUACUGUAUUCACUGUUUCAUUGUAAUUGUGUAUUGUGAAAAAUAUACCUUUGGAAGGCAUGGGGAUUCUAGUACCACAAAAACUGUGUUGUAUAUAAUGUAUAGAUUUUAAAUGGAGAUAAUGAGCAUCUGUGAAUAAUGAAAUGUCUUUUUUGAUAAUCUUGAAUGGCAGAUAACCUAAUAGCCUGCAUAUGAGAAGACAUCUGUGAUUGUUCUAUUACUUGAAUAGUCCUGCAGUCUUUUUUUUGAUGUUUACAAUUACCCAGAUUUAGAGGAGAGACUUUAAUGCCAUUACCUGUUUACUUGUUUUAUGCUGUAACCUAGUUUAUUUUAUGUAAAACCUAUAUCAAAUGCUUUCAUUUUUUUACUUGCCUUAAAUAAUUUGGCAAUCAGAAUAAUGAAAAAACUUUGAUUUUUUUUUUUUUAAUUUCUGGGUGUUACUGAGCCACUUUGAAAGAUGUGUCAUAGCUGUAGAUAGCAGAGGGUGCAGCAAUGGCACAGCUCCUAGUUGUGCUCCUGCUGGGCUUGUGCCAUUGUCCUCUCCCAGUGGGCAAUGCAGGGUCCCAGUCAGAUGGCAGAUGGACCUCUUUCUGUUGACCCUGAUAGGCUCAAAAAAGGCCCAUGGUAACACUUUGGAUGGUAUUAGUGGAACUGAAGUCUCUAAUACCUGUUUUAAAGCAGCUCUGUAUGCUAUAAAUUAUAGGCAAAUUUUCCCUAUUAUAUCUGUAUUGCCCUUCCCCCCAAAAAUGAAUAGAUGCCUAAAAACAGAGGACCUGUCAAUUUAAAAAAAAAAAAAAAAAAAAAAAAAAA